AUGAGCAGAGCAGCGAGUCGAAGUAAAAAUAAAAGAAAGAGACAAGGGGAUGACGAUGAUGCUGCAACUUCUGAAAUAUGGAGGAAAAUACACAAAACAGGUGAGGUAAAUGAAGAUGAGAUGAACCAACUGUAUAUGAUUACAAAGCCAGUUUGUUCAGGCUGUCGUGUCAAUACUAAAGACAACCCGAAUUGCUUUUGCGCAUUGGUUCCAGCUCCAAAUGGAACCCGAAAGUCUGGCAUAUGGCAGAAGAUAUCUGAUUUUGUUGAGAGUCUUGGCUUUGACCCAAACACGGAACUUCGUGCAUCUGCUGAUUCACCUGCAGGGCUCACAAAUCUCGGAGCAACGUGUUAUGCUAAUAGCAUACUCCAAUGCUUGUAUAUGAAUAAGCAUUUCCGAGAAGGAUUAUUUUCUGUAGAAACAGAUGUUUUGCAGCAACAACCGGUGUUAGAUCAACUGGCUCGCCUUUUUGCACAGUUGCAUUUAAGUAAAAAGGCUUUCAUAGAUUCUUCUCCAUUUGUAAAAACGCUGGAGUUAGACAAUGAAGUUCAGCAGGAUAGCCAUGAGUUCAUGACAUUGCUUCUGUCAUUGCUUGAGCGUUGCCUUAGCCAUUCCAAAAUUCCCAAGGCAAGAACAAUAGUUCAAGAUCUUUUCCGGGGAAGUGUGUCUCAUGUGACAACGUGUUCACAAUGUGGAAGAGACUCAGAAGCUUCUUCCAAAAUGGAAGACUUCUAUGAGUUGGAGUUGAAUGUCAAGGGAUUGAAAAGUUUAGAUAAGAGCUUAGAUGAUUACUUCACUAUUGAGGAGCUUAAUGGAGACAAUCAAUAUUUUUGUGAGUCGUGUAAAACAAGGGUUGAUGCUACACGCAGCAUCAAGCUGCGGAAAUUACCCGAUGUGCUUAAUUUUCAGCUGAAGCGCUAUGUCUUCCUUCCAAAGACAACAACAAAGAAGAAAAUUACUUCUUCAUUUUCAUUUCCUGCUGAACUUAGUAUGCACGACAGACUCUCUGAGCUAUCUCAGUCUGAAUUGAUAUAUGACUUGUCAGCUGUACUGAUACACAAGGGAACUGCAGCUAAUAGUGGUCAUUACAUUGCUCACAUCAAGGAUGAAAAUACUGGGCAAUGGUGGGAAUUUGACGACGAGCUCGUUACUAGCUUGGGUAGUUGCCCAUUUGCUGAAGAGGCUGCCUCUAAAUCUGUUAAGAAUGAUGUAGAACAUUCUAAUUUCUCUGAAGCAAGGGUAGAUGACAGUAAUGGAAAUGGUUUAAGUGUCAAAGUUUCAGAAUCUUCACCUAUGGAGACAUUUUCAUCUAGUGAUGCAUAUAUGUUGAUGUACCAUCUUAAGAAUACCAAACGAUUUAGUGAGAAUGGGGGGAUUGUUAAUAGUGCUAACCAUACUGAAAAAGAUGCUGAUUCAGUUAUUGCACAAGUAAAUGAUUGUCUUCCUUCUCAUUUUUGCGAAGAGAUUCAAAAUUCCAAUGCCUUGUUUCUUGAUGCUUGCCAGAAGUACAACCACAGGAAAGAGGUAGAAUUGAGUUGUAUCAAAGAAAGGAGAGAAGAAGUUCCUUCUGUUUUAGCUGAAGCUCCUGUUCAACCACUGGAGCAACCAUUUUUUUGGAUUUAUAGUGACUGGUUUCGCCAAUGGGCUGAAAAUGUUACUCCAACGGCUAUUGACAACACGCCUAUCCAAUGUUCACAUGGUAAAGUUCCAGUUUCAAAGGUUACCUCAACAAAGCGACUGUCUUCUAAAGCAUGGAAUAAGUUAUUGUCUAAGUAUGGUGGGGGACCAACGCUUUCUCACGAUGACUGCUGUUGGGAUUGUCUGAUUGACGGGGCUCGGAAUGUUGUGUCAGCUGACACUUAUCGGGAUCGAAGAGAAUCAUUUAAGCAACUUGCACGGGACAUUCUUGAUGGAAAAAAAGAAGAUGGAAAUAACUAUGUGUCUAGAUCAUGGUUGCAGCAAUGGUGGAAGAGGAAAAUUGCCGACGCUCCAUCUGAAGCUGAUGCUGGACCAACAGCAGCUAUUAGUUGUCCACAUGGACAACUCAUGCCUGAGCAAGCAACUGGCGCUAAGCGGGUGCUUGUUCCUGAGAAUUUUUGGCUAUUCUUAUAUAAAGAUGCCACUUCUGUACAAGACAACAAUCUUCUGUUCUGCCCUACUUUUCCUUUAGACUCGGGAGAGUGUUCCGAAUGCAGUAAGGAAUUAUCUGAAGUGGCUUGCAUGGAGGACUCUAUGAGGUUAUUCAAACAAAAGCAGCGCCAGAGUCAUGAGAAACUUUUCAGCGGGAAAAGUAUGCCACUCUCUUUAGAAUGCAACUACUUCUUAGUUCCUUCCUUUUGGAUUUCAAAAUGGAGAAAUUACAUCAGCCCAGCUGUCAAGAAUUCUGAUAAACCUGAAACAUUAGAUGUGGUAGUUGGUUCACUGAUUUGUGAAAAGCACUCGCGACUCAUUGAAAGGCCUCCUGAACUGGUUUUCAGACGCGGUACUAUAGUUCAAAAAGAGUCUUCUGCAGGUGAGUUAACCCUCAUAUCUGAGAAUGAUUGGAAAUGUUUCUGCGUAGAAUGGGGUGCUACAGAGGCCAAAGGAAUAUCUGUGAAGAUUGAGAAUAUUAGUGAUUCUAUGAUUGCUAUACCUGGAUCUUGUAAAGAGACGGCGAUAUGUGAUGACCAGUUGGCCAAUUGGGAUAAGGUGAAUAAUGAAAGUGGGAAUGCUCAAAUUUUGAUCAAGACUUGUCCUGAGGUUUGUGAAAGUUGCAUUGGCGAAAAGGAAAGCUGUGAGUUAAUGCAUAAGCUUAAUUAUUGCAAUGAGGAUAUAUUUGUAGUACUUGUUCGUGGAAAGGAGGUCCCUAGAUCAAUCUUGGAGGCUUCAAAUGUUGUUGAAACAGAUAGAAGAGUUUCUAAGCGCUCCCGAAAGACUAAAAGUGGGAGUUCAAUUAAUCUUAAAGUUUCUGCUUCAACAUCAAUUUACCAUCUAAAAAUGAUGAUAUGGGAAUCCUUUGGGGUGGUCAAAGAAAACCAGAUACUACAAAAAGGUGAUACAACAAUUGAUAACAAUGACGAAAAUGCUACGCUUGUGGAUGUUAACAUAUUUGCUGGAGAUCAGAUUAUUGUGAGGGACUCUGAGAUCCAUGAAAAUCGAGAUAUUGCUGAUGAGCUGUGUACUGAGAAAAAGGAUACACAGAAUACAGAGGAAGGGUUUCGUGGAACACUUUUGAGUUCAAAUCUUUCAUCUUUUCUUUAG